AGAGCUCCCAAAUGCUGCACACAGCUCAGAUUCACUGGUUUUGGGAGAAAAAGCCUUGUAGGACAUCUCUUGUAGAGAGGGGGAAGCUGCAGUGCUGGUUUCGGGGUGGGCAGGGAUAUGGGAUCUGCUGUCCUGUGUGCUGUGGUCCCGGUGGAGCCCAGGAGGUUUUGGGGAGCUCUGGAGCUGCCCCAGUGGGAAUGGGACAAGUGAGGCAGCAGAGCCUCCCUGGGCUCCCAGCUCAGGGGGUCCCUGGCAUCCUCUGGGGGUGCUGCCAUGGGCUGACCGUGCCCAAGGUCACACCUGAAGCCAGGGCUGAACGUGGAGCGGUGCCAUCAGCCAGCCCUGAUGUACAAAUCCUUGAAAUCAGGGCUUAAAGGUCAAAUCCUGGAGCUCAGGAGGUGGCUCUGGAGUCAAUCCUUUGCUCCAGGUGUUUCAGGAAUCCGCCUGGCUUUGGUGCUUGGUCUUGGUGGCAGGACUGGUGCCUGCCCUGCAUGUGCAGCUCCCCUGGAUCCUCCCUCCUCCUCCUCACCCCCAUCCCAUUCCUGCUGGGAGCUGAACACUGGUGUCCCCCUGCUGUUGAUUAUCCAGGGAUUUGCACCAGAUCAGUUUUCCACAGCCUCAGACGUGCCUUCCCCUGCCUUUUCUCUGUAUAAAACAGGAAGGUGCCGAAGUUCAACUUAUUUUCUGGGCUUAACAAAACUUUUCAAAAAGAAGUAAAUAUGGAAAACUACUGAGGAGGCCGGGGGUGGGUGGGGGAAGCUGGAGUUGUGCAACCUGGGCUCCUGCUCUGUGCUGGGACCCGGGGCUGGGAGUUGCUUCCUGGAUAAUUAUUCCUGUCCUGGAUCCAUCCUGACUCAUCCGUCCCCCCCCAUGGGGUGGGACGUGCCGUGCCUCAGUUUCCCCGUGUGGAAAUCAGGACCUUGGAUACUCCAGCCUUGUGCCCAGGGUGCUUUGUGGGUCGGUUUGUGCAUGGAUUUCUUGGCUCCCGCUGAACCCAGUGCUGGGGAUGGGGGGAAUUACAUUGAUUUUCCAGCAAAGGCAUCACUGCUUCAAGGAGCGUGUGGAUUUGCUGCUUGAGAUGGACAGGAGGGAAAUGUUAUUCCUCAUUUUUGGGAUCAGAAGACUGGGAUUGUGGGAGAAUUAUGGGCUGUUCAGACUGGCAAUUGAGCCCCAGAUAGCAGGCCUUUUCCACCUGGGGCUGCUCUGUUCCCUCUGGGUUUUUCCAGCUUUUGGAGUCAAGUGGAUCUGCCAGGAGUGACUUUAUUUAUUUAUCUUGUCCCAAACAAACCCUUGGCAUUGGGAAGAGCUGCUGCUUCUGCUGGAACCUGUCCAAGAUCCAGGUCUGCUGCUGGCGCUUGGUGAUCCUGGUGUCCUUUCCUCUCUCCUGUUCCUGGGAAGGAGCAGGAGCUGCCUCAGGUUCCAGGGACCAGCUCUGGUCUGUCAAACACCUGCAGCAGCACCUGGGGGUGGCCGGGGCUCCCCUCUCCCUGCCCUUCCCAAAGGAUAUUCCCUGUCUACAUCUCUCCUGGUGUUCUGGCACCCAGGGAUGGGUGAUGGGAAUGGUGUUCCUGGUGAUGACCUCACCGUGUUGGCUGCUCUCAGUGAGAGCAGUAGGAACGGGAAUGGGACUGGGACUGGGAUGCACUGGGAAGGCUCAGGCUGCCAUAACCCCACGCUGGGCACAGCUGUGCCCGCUCCAGGUGCUGCCUGGCAGGGUGAUCCCAGCUCCCUGCCAAGGCUUGCUGCUCUGGCCUGGAUCCACGCUAAUUCAGCUGUUCUCACUUGAGAGCACCUGGGCUCUGCUCCUCCUCCUCCCCAGCCUUUAGCGUGGAAGAUGGCGGGUGGCGUGGACGGCCCCAUAGGGAUCCCGUUCCCAGAUCACAGCAGCGACAUCCUCAGCAGCCUGAAUGAGCAGAGGAACAACGGGCUGCUGUGCGACGUGGUCAUCCUGGUGGAAGGCCAGGAAUUCCCCACCCACCGCUCCGUCCUGGCAGCGUGCAGCCAGUACUUCAAGAAGCUCUUCACCUCAGGGUUAGUGGUGGACCAGCAGAACGUGUAUGAGAUAGACUUUGUGAGUGCGGACGCCCUGUCGGCGCUGCUGGAGUUCGCCUACACCGCGACCCUCACCGUCAGCACUUCCAACGUCAACGACAUCCUCAACGCCGCCACGCUGCUGGAGAUCCCGGCCGUCAGGGAUGUCUGCACGGAUCUCCUGGAGAGGAAGAUUCUGGCCAAAAAUGACCAGAUGGAUACAGUAGAUCAAAUUGAUCAGAGGAACCAUCUCAGAGCUAAAGAGUACCUGGAGUUCUUCCAGAGCAACCCCGUGAACGGCCAUCAAGGCAGCUUUCCGUGGACCAACCCAGAGUUGAGAGACCUUCAGAGACUGAACUUCCGAGGCCAAGAGGAGGAGGAGGAGUCGAACUGCAAUGGCCUGGACUUCUACUCGCAAGCCACCCCAACCGAAAGACCAAAGGCAAGUGACUGUGACCCUGACAGCAACCCGGCCAUGUGGCUGGACCGCGAGGACGAGGAGCCGGUCAGCGGCGGGAUGUUCUCCCCUUCCCAGAACGGACAUUACAGCAGCCGUGGCUUGGCCACCCCGGGAGAAGAGGAAGGGGGAACCCCCAGGGGCCCUCUGGACCCGCCGGAAGCCGGGGACUCGCCCGGCUUCAUCCCCGCGGGCACGGAGACGGAGGAUGAUGGCAGGGAAGUGGAUGAUUUGGCCGCCAGCGCCCUGCUCCAGCAGAUGAUCAACUCGGUGGGGCGGCAGCAGCUCGGCGACGACGACCGCAAGGACGAGGACGGGGUCAUGGAUUAUUACUUGAAAUAUUUCGGCAGUUCCAGCGAGGGCGACGUGUACCCGUCCUGGUCUCAGAAGGUGGAGAAGAAGAUCAGGGCGAAAGCAUUCCAGAAGUGCCCCAUCUGUGAGAAGGUGAUCCAGGGUGCCGGGAAGCUGCCGCGCCACAUCCGCACCCACACCGGGGAGAAACCCUACGAGUGCAACAUCUGCAACGUCCGAUUCACCAGGCAGGACAAGCUGAAGGUGCACAUGAGGAAGCACACGGGGGAGAAACCCUACCUGUGCCAGCAGUGCGGGGCCGCCUUCGCUCACAACUACGACUUGAAGAACCACAUGCGGGUGCACACGGGGCUGCGGCCGUACCAGUGCGACAGCUGCUGCAAAACUUUCGUCCGUUCCGACCACCUGCACAGGCACCUUAAAAAGGAUGGAUGCAACGGGAUCCCUUCCAGGAGGGGUCGGAAGCCUCGGGUCAGGGAGAGCGGGGCGAUGCCCCCAACGCCUACGGGCGGCGUUGAGGAUGGCGGAGGAUUCACCGAGAGUCGCGAGAGCGAGGACGCGGCGCGGGGAAAUCGGGAGCAGCAGCAGCAGCAGCACUUUGAGGAGAAUUCCAAUAACGAAGCGUCGGGAUUGAAUGUAGCAGGAGGGUCGGAUGAGGGUAACGCGCAAGGACUCUCCUAAACCAAAAAAAAAAAAAAACAAAAAUAUAUAUAUAUAUAUAUA